AUAUAUAUAUAUAUAUAUGCCUGAAUAUUGUGUGUAGAGAUGGGUAGUGUUGUUAAAGACGAAGGGUUGAAGAAAUUAGAGUACUUAUCAUUGGUGUCGAAGGUUUGUACGGAGCUUGAGACUCAUUUAGGGUUUGGAGAUAAAAUAUUGGCUGAAUUUAUAACUGAGAUUGGUCGGAAUUGUGGGAAUGUGGAUGAAUUUGAUGAGAAAUUGAAAGAGAAUGGGGCUGAGAUGCCUGAUUAUUUUGUACGGACGCUGUUGACUAUAAUUCAUGCGAUUUUGCCUCCCAAAGUUAAGUCCAAAUCGGAUAAGGACUCGAGAAGAGAUGGUACUGAGAAUAAGAAGUCGAGGUUUUCAGCUUUGAAGAUUGACGAUGGUAAAGAUAGAGUGAAGGAGUUGGAGAGAGAAAUUGAAAGGGAAGUAAAAGAGAGGCAGCGAAAUGAAGAAAAAGAAGAAGUGAGAAGACAUAGGCAUGGCGAUAGAGAUAGAAGAGAGAGGCAUAGAGAUGAUAGAAGGGAAAGACGUAGAGAUAGGGAGGAAGAUGAUCGGGGUGAUUAUAAGAGUAGAGAAAGGCAUAGGGAUAGAUAUGAGAAAAAUGGGAGAGAUGGGUAUGAAGAUGGGAAUAAUCGGGAAGAUGGCGAUUGGAGGGAGAGGAAUGGGAGGAAUCGAUCUGAUGAGCCGGAGCUGUAUAAGGUGUAUAAGGGGAGGGUCUCAAGGGUGAUGGACACGGGUUGUUUUGUUCAGCUUAAUGACUGUAGGGGCAAAGAGGGUUUGGUGCAUGUUUCACAGAUUGCUACUAGGAGGGUCACUAAUGCGAAGGAUAUUGUGAAGCGGGACCAAGAGGUUUAUGUGAAGGUGAUUUCUGUUUCAGGUCAGAAAUUGAGUCUUUCAAUGAGGGAUGUGGAUCAGAAUAGUGGGAAGGACUUGUUGCCAUUGAGGAAGACCUCGGAAGAUGAUAUUCUGAGGAUGAACCCUUCAGGGACAAACAGUGGUGGGCCUAGGUCUAGGACUGGUCUUUCGGGGAUUAAUAUUACUGAAGAGGAUGAUGUUGUCCCGUCAAGGCGACCCUUGAAAAGAAUGAGUUCACCCGAGAGAUGGGAAGCGAAACAGCUGAUUGCUUCGGGUGUUUUGAGUGUGAAGGAGUAUCCAAUGUAUGAUGAUGAAGGGGAUGGAGUUAUCUAUCAAGAAGAGGGUGCUGAGGAAGAGCUUGAGAUUGAGCUGAAUGAAGACGAACCAGCCUUCUUGCAGGGGCAGAGUCGGUAUUCUAUGGACAUGUCACCUGUUAAGAUCUUUAAGAAUCCUGAGGGGUCCUUGAGUCGUGCAGCUGCCCUUCAGUCUGCCCUCAUAAAGGAGAGGAGAGAAGUCCGGGAACAGCAGCAAAGAACAAUGCUUGAUUCUAUUCCAAAAGAUCUGAAUAGGCCCUGGGAAGACCCGAUGCCUGAGACCGGUGAGAGGCACUUAGCACAGGAGCUAAGGGGCGUAGGUUUGUCUGCCUAUGACAUGCCAGAAUGGAAAAAGGAUGCUUUCGGUAAAGCCCUGACUUUUGGGCAGAGAUCAAAGCUUUCCUUCCAGGAGCAGAGGCAGAGCUUACCCAUUUACAAACUUAAGAAAGAAUUGAUUCAGGCAGUACAUGAUAAUCAGGCUCUGGUUGUCAUUGGUGAGACAGGUUCAGGGAAGACAACCCAGGUGACACAGUACCUAGCUGAAGCUGGUUACACAACCAGGGGUAAAAUUGGGUGUACUCAGCCUCGUAGGGUGGCUGCAAUGUCUGUGGCCAAGAGAGUUGCUGAAGAGUUUGGCUGUCGUUUAGGGGAGGAAGUGGGUUAUGCCAUUCGGUUUGAGGAUUGUACAGGACCAGACACUGUGAUCAAGUACAUGACUGAUGGUAUGCUUUUGAGGGAGAUUCUGAUUGAUGAGAAUUUAACCCAAUAUUCGGUUAUAAUGCUUGAUGAAGCUCAUGAGAGGACAAUCCACACUGAUGUCCUUUUUGGACUGCUUAAGCAGCUUGUGAAAAGGAGGCCCGAACUUCGUUUGAUUGUCACAUCUGCCACAUUGGAUGCAGAGAAAUUUUCAGGUUAUUUUUUCAACUGUAAUAUCUUCACCAUUCCUGGAAGAACUUUCCCAGUUGAAAUACUCUACACCAAACAACCUGAAAGUGACUACCUAGAUGCAGCCCUGAUCACCGUUAUGCAGAUUCAUUUGACAGAACCUGAAGGGGACAUUCUCGUCUUCUUGACAGGUCAAGAGGAAAUUGAUCACGCAUGCCAGUGUUUAUAUGAAAGGAUGAAAGGGCUUGGUAAAAAUGUUCCUGAACUAAUUAUUUUACCAGUCUAUAGUGCCCUUCCAAGUGAAAUGCAAUCCAGGAUUUUUGAACCUGCCCCUCCAGGGAAGAGGAAAGUGGUUGUUGCGACCAAUAUUGCUGAAGCUUCUUUGACUAUUGAUGGGAUAUAUUAUGUCAUUGACCCUGGCUUUGCAAAGCAAAAUGUGUACAAUCCUAAACAAGGUCUUGAUUCACUGAUCAUAACUCCUAUCUCACAAGCAUCAGCAAAACAACGUGCUGGGCGUGCUGGACGGACAGGGCCAGGAAAGUGUUAUCGCCUUUACACAGAGAGUGCUUUCCACAACGAGAUGUCUCCAACAUCAAUCCCUGAAAUUCAAAGGAUUAAUCUAGGAAUGAUUACGCUGUCUCUGAAAGCUAUGGGGAUUAAUGAUCUUUUGUCUUUUGAUUUCAUGGACCCACCUUCCCCUCAAGCUCUCAUAUCUGCCAUGGAACAGCUGUACAGUCUAGGAGCUCUGGAUGAGGAAGGACUUCUGACCAAGCUGGGUAGAAAAAUGGCAGAAUUUCCAUUGGAGCCUCCCUUAUCUAAGAUGCUCCUUGCCAGUGUGGACCUUGGUUGUAGUGAUGAGAUUUUGACUAUCAUUGCAAUGAUUCAGACUGGAAACAUCUUCUACAGGCCAAGGGAAAAACAAGCUCAAGCAGAUCAAAAGAGGGCCAAAUUUUUCCAGCCUGAGGGAGAUCAUCUGACUUUACUUGCUGUGUAUGAGGCUUGGAAAGCAAAGAAUUUUUCUGGACCAUGGUGUUUUGAGAACUUUGUUCAGUCUCGAUCUUUGAGGAGGGCACAAGAUGUUAGGAAACAGCUCCUCUCCAUUAUGGACAAGUACAAAUUGGAUGUGGUCGGUGCUGGGAAGAAUUUCACCAAGAUACGGAAGGCAAUAGCUGCAGGAUUCUUCUUCCAUGCAGCUAGAAAGGAUCCACAGGAGGGUUAUAGAACCCUUGUCGAGAACCAGCCUGUUUAUAUCCACCCAAGCAGUGCUCUUUUUCAGAGACAACCAGACUGGGUCAUCUACCAUGAGCUUGUAAUGACCACAAAGGAGUACAUGCGUGAGGUCACAGUUGUCGACCCCAAGUGGCUUGUGGAAUUGGCACCAAGAUUCUUCAAGGUUGCAGAUCCCACAAAAAUGAGCAAGCGCAAGCGUCAAGAACGCAUUGAACCACUUUACGACAGAUAUCAUGAACCUAACUCUUGGCGUCUGAGUAAGAGGCGUGCAUGAUAUGUAUCAACGGUGCAUGUUGCCAGAUGUCCAUGUUUGUUGCUUAAUGUUGUAAAUGUAAAAUUCCUUGUAAUAAUCUUGAGGUGAUUUUUGACCCUUUAGAGACCCUUCAAUAAAGGCGAUGAAGGGUUCCCGGUCUAGCUUGUGUACUUCAUCUUAUUUCAAAUGGUGAGUUUGUUGAGCAUGGAAAUGUUGAAUUGCUUUCU